AUGACCAGGAGCAAGGAUGCCUACUCCUCUGGGGUGACCAACGUGGUGGAUGCAGCCAAAGGCGUGGUCCAAGGAGGAAUGGGCAUGGGCCAGUCUGAGCUCUCCAGCGCCAAGGAGGUGGUGACCAGUGGAGUCACUGGGGCACUGGGUGUGGCCAAAGGAGUCGUCCAAGGGGGGUUGGAUACCUCGAAGUCUGUGGUCAUGAGCACCAAAGACACCAUGGCAACUGGGAUCACUGGGGCCGUGAACGUGGCCAAAGGGGCCGUCCAGACAGGUGUGGACACCACCAAGACCAUGCUGACUGGCACCAAGGAUGCCGUCUGCAGUGGAGUGACUGGAGCAGCAAACGUGGCCAAAGGGGCAGUCCAAACUGGCCUUGACACCACCAAGACUGUGCUGACCGGCACCAAAGACACAGUGUCCAGUGGGGUGACCGGGGCAACAAAUGUGGUCAAAGGGACCAUCCAGACUGGCCUUGACACCACCAAGACUGUGCUGACUGGCACCAAGGACACUGUCUGCAGUGGGGUGACUGGGGCAGCAAAUAUGGCGAAAGGGGCUGUCCAGGGAGGCCUAGACACCACCAAGUUGGUCCUCACUGGCACCAAGGACACAGUGUCUGCUGGGGUCACUGGGGCAGCAAAUGUGGCCAAAGGGGCCGUCCAGACAGGCCUUGACACCACCAAGACUCAAGGUGAGACACGAGGCGGAGGGUACAGAACCGUCUCACGGGAGCUCGGGGAGAUCUUCCAGCCCAUGAGCAUGGAGGAGCAAGCUCAGCUGGCUGCCUCCGAGCCUGGGCCAAAGGUGCUCUCGGCUGACCAGGGGAGCUACUUCAUCCGCCUGGGUGACCUGGCACCUGGGUUCCGCCAGCGCGCAUUCGAGCACACCCUGAGCCACCUGCAGGACAGCCAGUUCCAAGCCCGGGAGGCGAUGGACCAGCUCCAGGACUCCUUCCGGCUGAUCGAAAAGGGCAAUCAGCCGGGGCCAGACCAGGGUUCGAGCAUUGGAGCGGCAGGAACCAGUAACCGAGAGGUGGACGACACCGAGGUGCUGUCCAGGGUCCGUGGGCUUCUCCGGCAGCUGCACGUGGCCUACAGCGGCCUGGCCUUGGGCCUGCAGAGCCUGCCUAGCGAGUCCCAGCAGCAGGCGGCGCGGGCGCGGCACAGCCUCUGUGAGCUCUAUGGCGUGGUGUCUGUAGCCGGCUCCCUCAGCGAGCUGCCGGCCGAGAGCCUGGCACAGAGCUUCAAGGGCGUGAGCCAGGCAUGGCAGGGGCUGGAGCAGCUGCUGGUCCAGGUGCAGCACAGCCCCCCGCUUGGCUGGCUGGUGGGGCCCUUUGUGCUGCCCCCAGGGGCACAGCAACUGUAG